AAAAAGAAAUGUUACUAUCCAUACGAUGCGAAGGAUCAUUUUGCGAAAUUUUUUAAGGCUGUCAACCUAUAGUUGUGCAAAGCUGACCUGAACGCAAGUUAACAAAGGAUUUGCGUGCUUCCGUUUCAAUACCUCAUCCAAUGAACAAAUGGCUUCCAUUACGAUAGAAAGAAUAACGGGGUUUCUCAUCGUUGCCUUUAAAAGGGGUGCAAAGGCUGCUGUUGGGGCUGCUGUUGGGGCUGCUGUUGUCGCUGCUUUCACUGGAGCCGUUACACAGGCGGUCGAAGCGGUUGUAGCAACAGCGAUUAGUGCUGCGAUUGCAGCCGGGAUAGUGUCGGCGGUGUCUGGUAGCGUAACACAACUCACAACGCAACUGGUCCAAAAAUCUAUUGAAAAAUGUUUAGAUGAAGCCGUGAAAGAUGUUAUCAGUUCUCAUGGGAUAAAAGAUAUUUCAAAACCAAAAGCUGUAAUAGCAUCGGACGAAGUGCUCAACGAGCUGGCAAACGCUACGUUUGAAGCAGUAAACCCUCACUUAUGGGCGUUUAAAGACCCUUCUUUCCUCAAAAUCGCUAAGCUGAUACGGGCCUUGCGUGCUGUACAGAAAGGGGAGAGGCCUGAAUCUGAAGAUGUUGGUGAUGAUGAUUGUGUCGAAGAAAAGCGCCGAUACUUUGAUGGCCGAAUGGUAGAGGAGUUUGUCUUCUUUACUGUAUUUGGGAGUAACGAUUGCCAGGAAGGUGAUGAAGUCUAUUCGAUGUCCGUUCAGCAAAAAAAGCUUGAGUCAUUGAUACAAGACCCAUUCGGGGGCAAGCUUGUUAAUCUCUUUCUCCAGGAGCUCUCUGAAAGCUGCGUUGAACCUGUUCAUGAAAUAAAAAUUGUUUUCCUCUUCUGCCAGGAGACAAAGCGGCUCAAAAUGAAAAAUCUAAAGUCGAGACGAAACCGAUGAAAGUCGUGAAGAUUGAAGAAGGGAAGCUUUUUCCUUUCGGCAAUAAAAGGUUGAUAGCGUUACAGUAUCGGCAAAUGACAAGCGAGCGAAGAGAUGGCUAAAGGCUUACUUCUCUCUUGGAUAUGGAGCUUUUAACAAUAGCUACAUUGCAUCAGCAGAUCCUAACUGCGACCAAAUCGACGCUCCACAAGGAAACACUGUAGGAAGACCCAUAUUGAAUCUUGAAAUGAAAGCGAAAGACAAAUGUUUGCCCUUCUUUAUCCUUGAUUACGAUGAACCAAAACCGGAUGAAACUGGAAAGCUAUUGACAACGAAGGAUGCUGUUGCCAUCCAAUUCGCAUCUACCAGUUUUCCAAUUGCAGUGACAGGAACAGCAUUUGGGAUGCUAAACGAAAUCAUAAAAUCGGAAGGUGUGGCCGCAGAAAACUGGGCGAAACGUGAGGGGCAUAACAUCAUGUUUCAAUCACUCAUUCCUUUCUAUGGUUUUUUUAGAGCCAUCAAACGUCUGUACAGCCUGAAGUACGACGCAAUCAAUAAAUUCUACAGUGAAGCACAGUCUAGAAUAGCUAAUUAUAUGAAUGUGAGUAUUUAAGCAAUUCAGAGCAGGCACGUAGGAAGCAGCGCCUAGAAGAAACAAUCCGAUAAUUUGAUUUCAUAUUAGAAAUGGAAAUCCUGUCUUCAAGCUUUUGAGGACGCCGUUGCUUCGAAAAUGAGAAACUUGAUUGAUCAAUCUGAUACAAACAAUUUACCGCGGGCGCAAUUGAAAAAGGACAAUUAUUAGGCGUUGUUUAUAGAUGCAAUAAAAGUAUUAUUGAUUCUGAAUAGCUAUCAACAAUGUAAAAGCGUAUCCUUUUCAUGUAGACAAGUAAAUAAAUAAAACUUCCUUUAAUUAAA